AUGUUACCAUAUUGGGCAAUCGUUUUAUUGUUACCUGUUGUGAUUGUGCCUAAAACUCAUGUUAACGAGGCAAUUGAAUUGGCACCAGAAAAGAUUUUGACAAGCAUUAACCAGAAUCCGGAGAGAGCGAUAAAUACUUCAGAACCAAGGAUCUUAAAGCUACAGUUUCCAAACAAAGUCGGUCUUCCAGUCUUUACAGGGGAGGAGAUCAAAGGAGAAGGGGGUAACUCUAUUACAAUAGAAUUAAUCGACGAUUUAACUGGGCAAGUUGUUAACUCGGGACCUGAAGCUUUUUCAAAGGUGGAAAUAGUACCUCUUAUGGGAGAUUUUGAUGGUGAUGAAAGAGACAAUUGGACACAUGAAGAGUUUAAUGAUAAGAUUUUCAGGGAAAAUGAAGGAAAAAACUCUCUUCUUGUUGGAAGUGUAGACCUCAAACUACAUGAAGGCAUUGGUCGUGUAGGUGCUAUUAAGUUCAAACAUGGUGCACACUGGAUGAAAACACAGAAGUUCAGGCUGGGGGCAAGGGUUGUAGAUAGGGUUACUGGGACUAGAGUUAAAGAGGCAAAGACAGAGUCCUUCUUAAUCAAGGAUCGCCGAAAUAAACUGUACAAGAAGCACCACCCCCCAUCUCUUCUGGUGUACAAGAAGCCCCACUCCCCAUCUCUUCUGGGUGAAGUGUGGCAGCUAGAAAAAAUUGGCAGAUAUGGAGCUUUUCACAAGCGGUUGAUUGAAGAAAAAGUCUACACAGUGAAGGAUUUUUUGACUCUACUGUUCCUAGACCCUACAAGGCUUCGAAAUAUCCUUGGGACAGGUAUGUCUGCUAAAAUGUGGAAAGUUACAGUGGACCAUGCUCGGACAUGCGAAAUUGAUACGAGGUGCUACUUGUACUGUCCUUCCGGAUCUCAACACAAGGCUGGGGUAGUUUUCAAUGCUGUGGGGCAGUUGAUGGGAAUACUUUCAGAUUGCCAAUAUAUUGCCACUGAUAAGCUAUCUGAAACGGAAAAGGCAUGUUCCGCCUGUCGCAAAAUUGCUGACGCCCACAACUCGGUAAUUUCUGCGUUUAGAAACUUCGAGGAUGUAGUCUCUUUUGAUGAUGAGGCCUCUCUUACGGAUGGCCUUUUGCCCAUGUCCAAUGGUCUUUACCCCUCAAACUCAGCCAUCCCAGGGAGUUCUGAUGGCAAUAAGGAUUUGGCAUCCGAAAAAGUGGGCAAAUCUGAUUGUAUGCAGCUAAGUGCCUCUUCCCCAGACAUCAUGCCAUCCAUCUAUUCCAUUGGGGGUGUUAGCUUGGAUGAUUAUGGGUUGCAAAGCAUUGACUCCAUGGAUGAUGUGGAGGUGGUUUACUACCAACCCUAUAUUGAUGGUGUAGAUUUUGUUUUCGUGGAGAGGCAGAAAUGCUAA